UAAUUAAUAAGGGUGUACAUGAUUGGCGAUAUUGUUUUACAGGCGUUCCGGUAUAUGUUUUAAUUGUUGGAGGAACAAUUGGAGUUUUGCUUAUAAUGAGCAUUAUUGUUGGAGUUCUAUUAAGAAAGCGAUAUAAAACAAUAAGUUUACAGCAACCGAGUAAGGAAAACAAUACAACAAACAGGACUCCAAGAACUGAUACAACUCAGGGAACACAAGAACCAGAAAUAAACCAACGAGCUAAUUUGAUGAAUUCAUCUGACGCCAAUCACGUGUCACCAUCCCAUGCAGUUAAUUUGGAAAUCUCAACAGAUGUGUCCAAUACGUAUUCACAUCUUCGAAAUGCUGUGGAUGACUCGGACGUCAUGUAUGACCAUACAAUACGCAAUAACGUUCAUGAUACCACCGAUGGCGACUACGGAAUUGCACACAGAAGAAUCACAGAAGAUGACUACGAUGUGUCUGGGAACUAUCGUCAUUCCCUCAGCAAAGAGGCAGACCCUGUUUACAACUAAAUUGAAAAACGUUCAAUUAUUAUUGUAGUAACCGAAUGAUUUAUGUUGAUGGAAAACGUACUAUACAGCUUGCCUGUAUUAAUCAAAUUAUUAGAUAAUUUGAUAUUUUUAAGGAUGCCUUAGACUUACACUACAACAAAAGUUAAAUAGACGAAUUAUUUACAUUUAUGAGACUCAUUUUAAAACAGAUAUGUAUCCUACUGUGUAUUGUUUCUUUAUUUACAUCUGUUAUUAUUAAUGCUAAUGAACAAUUUUUGUGUUUUCGAGGAAAACGUCUCACAUAUGUAUGGAAGGUUCAUAUUGGUAUGAACUGUUAAACUCAUCAACUGUUUUGGGAUACCUGGUAUGCUUUUAGUAUGUAGUACAAUAGUUCUAUUGUAUCCCAAGAUUUCAUCAAGCAAUCGAAUAUAUUGACAUAAUAUGUUGUUCGAUGUACCAUGAAAUUGCUUUAACUAAUUAUAUAUUGGUUAACACGUCUAUGCUAAACGUUUUCAAAACUUCAAUCAAUCAGAUAGG